AUGUGCUGGAAUUCGCUCAGUGUCGUUGUGUACAGCGUCGUUUUCUGCGCCCUGUUGGAUUUCGGGCCCUCCAGGGUCUUGGCUCAAGCAACUAUAAAAGCAAACUAUGACUAUGGCGAUAAUCAUAAAAUAGGUGAAUAUAAAAGCAAACUAACACUAAUUUGUAAUAUUGAUGGCACUCAAGAUCCAGAGUACAUAUGGAAGUGGUUUAAAGGUGACAAUCAAAUAACAACUGACUCUGAAGACCCACACCACGUUGAUGUGUCUGGAAACACUCUGGUAGUUAAUCGUUUUGUUGAAAACGAUGCUGGUCAGUAUACAUGCAGCUUAUUCUCUUCCAAGAAUAGUCCAAUUGACAAGAAGGUGUUCAACGUUGUCUUAAAGCCUUACAUGAAACUGCCAAAAACAGCUACAUUUAUCGAGGGUGAAAAAAUGGAAUUGGAAUGCAUUGUAUAUGGUGUACCUACACCAGAAGUUAGUUGGAAAUUUGAAAAUACCACUCUUGUGCCUUCUGAACAUAUUAAAUUUUUACCUAACAAAAAGAAUAUUACCAAUGCCAUCUUAGUUUUGGAUCCGAUCACAAUGAAAGAUAGAGGAAAUUUCAUCUGCAGUGGAAAGAAUAGUGUUGUCUAUGAGCCUGUACAUUCUGGUCCUUCCUACGUGCGCAUUAAAGACAAAAUGGCUGCAUUGUGGCCGUUCUUGGGUAUUUGUGCUGAAGUGAUUGUUCUGUGUUUGGUUAUAUUUAUAUAUGAGAAGAAACGUAACAAGGCCGAAUUUGAGGAAAGUGACACCGACCAAGGGCCAGAGACAAACAAUGCUAACGACCACAGCGGUGGUGAUGUACGACACCGGAAAUAA